GUCAUUCAUUCGCAUUCUUACUUUACGCAAGAGGUGACCUGUUAUAUCAAUGUGUCGCCUCAGUUCCUCAAUGGGUAAUGGUUAACGUCGAUUCCUAUUUCAUUAACGAAAUAAACAAAGACCAACACUUCGAUCCUGCCUUCGAAGUUGUUCAUCAUUACAUAACAAAUCCACCGGUGAAUGGUGGAAAAUAUACUUGGGAAGCCUUACUUAAAAAUGAUACUACCAAAGUAACUGCUAAAUCCGAAAAUACAUCAUCUCAAGGUGAUGCAAACUUACCUUGGGAAUUAUAUGCUGCUACGGUAACUGUAAAGAAAAGUGGUAGAUUUAGCACUAUAUCUUAUAUCAUUAGGUUAAAUACAAAUGGUGGAGUUGCUCCUCCUAAGGGUGAAUGUGGAGUUCAAUAUACUGAUAAAUCAACGAAAUCAAGUACAUAUGAGGCUGAAUAUUGGUUUUACGAAGGUCCGUUACCCGGUUCUGAAAAGAAAAAUGAGCCAAAACAACCUGCAUCCGACGGAUAUUCUAUAAAAUCAUUACAUAAUCAAACUCCGUUAUCAAUUGGACCUGGCCAAUUAGGUUGGAUUGCAAUUGUUGGUUUCGUUUCUGUUG